AUGGCGUCCACCCCACAGCUCCUGGAGCCCCAACAGCCGUCGGGGGCCGACCUCAAGGCGUUCCUCGAGCGGCACCAGUACCUCCUCCGCUUGGAGCGAGACGAGGAGGAGGAGCAAACGCGCUUGCUCAACUCCAACUGCAGCCCAAAGCUGCUCGAGCAGCGCGGCCUCGCGCUCGGCAGCCUUGGUGUCAGCUCUAUCAGUGUCGGCCUGGGAGGCAAGACUCUCAUUGAGCUCAACCGUCCGCUCGCGUUCAACGUCGACACCUCGCUCCCGCCCCACACGUUCCGCAAUGGCGACCCCGUGCGGAUAGAGGAGCACGUCUCCAGUGCAGGAGGCAAGACCAAGGGCAAGAAGAAGGCAGAUGAUGACAAUGGGGUCGAAGGUGUGGUGUAUCGCGUUGGACCUGAAAAAGUCAUUGUCGCCGUCAGCGAGAGCAAAGAGAUUGAUCUGCCCGAGCGCCUGAGACUACUCAAGCUCGCCAACUCGGUCACGUUUGACCGCAUGCGCAAGACACUCGAGCACCUCUCACGACUCCUUGUGCCCGAGGAGGAGGCCACGCCUAGCGCGACCAACUUUCCAUUGAUCAACUCGCUGGUUGGGUUGAACCAGCCAGCGUGGUCCAAGACGGUUCCCCCCACCAUAGCCGAGCCCGAGAGCACAGAGAUCAGGUGGUUUGGAGAGCGCCUAAACGACAGUCAGAAGGAGGCUAUCGACUUUUGUCUGCGCGCCGAGACGGUCGCGUGCAUCCAUGGUCCCCCAGGUACGCAUACCCUCAUCGAACUCAUCUUCCAGUUUCUCGCGCGUCCCGCCGGCCCCGGUACGAGCCAGCCCCCUCGUAUCCUGGUGACCACUCCUUCCAACCUUGCCCUCGACAACCUUCUGCUUCGGCUGCACACGCUCGCCCAACAGCCGCCGUACUCGGCUCUUCUGCCUGCCGGAUCGGUGCUGCGUAUCGGCCACCCGACACGUGUCCACCGCGAUCUCGUGCAGGAGACGCUGGACUGGCGCGCGGCGAACGGCGACGAUGGCGCGCUGGUGCGUGACGUCGGUAAAGAGAUUGAGGGACACCUCGGCGACCUGGGCAAGAAGCGCGGCGAGCGCGGCGCCGUCAAGGGUCGCGACAGGGGCAAGAAGUGGGAGGAGGUGCGCGAGCUGCGUAAAGAGUACCGCCAACGCGAGACCAAGGUGGUCACCAACGUCGUCAAGGGCGCGCGCGUCAUCUUGGCCACCUGUCACUCGGCCGGCGCGCGCCAGCUCAACAACCUCAACUUUGACGUCGCGAUCGUCGACGAGGCGACACAGGCUGUCGAGGCUGUCUGCUGGGUCCCGAUCCUCAAGGCGAAAAAGCUAAUCCUGGCUGGUGACCCCGAGCAGUUGCCGCCUACCAUUCUCAGCAGAGAUGACAAGAAGGCCAAGAAGACUGCCGGCAAGUCUUCUACGGCGAAGACGACAAAGGAGAAGUUGGACAAGGUGGAUAAGGCCGACAAGAAGAGUAGGAAGGAGAAGAAGGCCGCUUCCAAGCUGUCCGAGACGGCUUCUGAGACGGCCCAGGAGCCUGCGAAAGCUGGGGAGGCUGGACCAACCGAGGAGCCUGAGGAGACCGACCCCGAUGCAGAAGAAGCAACAGAGGCAGGCGAAUUGCCCGUGUCCGACGACAAGUCCGAGGAAGCGCCUGAGGACAAGCCCGAGGACCAGUCUGAGGCCGGAGGCGCCUCUGGAACAGCUACACCCAAGGAGGAGGAGGAUAUCACAGAUCAGCUCGACGACGUCAAGCUCGACGGCUCCAAGACCAAGUUGCGUCCACCACGCACUCUGGAGACGACGCUGUUUGACCGCCUGGAACGGCUGUACGGCGCGGGCAUCAAGCGCGUGCUCAAGGUCCAGUACCGCAUGAACGAGCUCAUUGCCGAGUUUCCCUCUGUGACGCUGUACAACUCUGAGCUGGUGUCGGACGCGUCUGUGGCCAAACACACGCUCCUCGACCUGCCGACCAUCACGGACACGAGCGACGACGCCAAGGACGCGCUCGAGCCGACGGUGGUCUUCUUCGACACGGCCGGCUGCGAGUUUUACGAGCGCGCCGACGCCGACGACGAGGGCGCGACGCGCGGCAAGAUCACGCUGGGCGAGGGCAGCAAGAGCAACGAAAACGAGGCGACCGUCGUGGCCAAGUGGGCGCGGCGGCUGGUAUCCCUCGGCGUGCCGGCCGCGGAAGUCGGCAUUGUCGCGCCGUACCAGCGCCAAGUGGCGCUCCUGUCGUCGCUCCUGCACGAAGAGUUCCCCGAGAUGACGAUCGGUACCGUCGACGGCCUGCAGGGCCAAGAACGCGAUGCGAUCAUUGUCUCGCUCGUCCGCUCCAACGCCAAUGGCGAGGUCGGCUUCCUGGGCGAAUACCGCCGCCUGAACGUGGCCAUGACCCGUCCCCGCCGCCAGCUGGCUGUCGUGGGCGACUCGGACACGGUGGCAAAGGGCAGCUCGUACCUCAAGAAAUGGAUGGCGUGGCUCGAGGACAAGGCGGACGUCCGGUACGCCGGGGACGAGAUCUAA